UCAGAGCUCUCAGGAAGGUCUAGUCACAGAUUCUUACACUCCAUCAUCACCAUCUGUACUACUGGUUGAUCUCUUUCUCCUCCGAUGGGUAGCAGUGCUCUGUGGGUCUUCUUGCCUCUUGAGACAAUCAUUGGUGUAACAUGUUGUCUGGGCAAUGCACUGGUGAUCUGGGCAGUGUGGACAUGUGGAGCCCUCAGGCAGCCCACCUUCUGCUUCAUUGUGUCCCUCGCUGUGGCUGAUUUCCUGGUGGGGUCUGUGGUCAUCCCUGUGUCUGUGCUUGUGGAUAUUGGUAUAAACACCUCUUUUCAUGGCUGCCUUUUCAUGUGUGGUAUCAUCAUAAUGCUAGAGGUGGCUUCUGUCGCUUUACUCCUGGCCAUCGCAGUGGACCGCUUUCUCCGUGUGCGCAUCCCUCUGACGUAUAGGUCUACAGUCUCUAAAAAACGCUUAUGGAUCGUGGUGGCACUCUGCUGGGUCACUGCUGCACUGCUGAGUUUUAUCCCCAUGUUUGGAUGGCACAGGUCUUUGGGUGCGGACAGCACUGAAUGCAGAUUCUUUAAUGUUAUCUCCUAUUCAUAUCUAGUUUACUUCAUAUUCUUCAGCUUAUACCUUCCUCCACUGGCUAUAAUGACAGGCUUGUACUGUUACAUCUUCCUGACCACUCGGAGGCAGUUAAGAGCAAAUAUAGGUGUGGGUGCCAAGUCCAGCACAUAUUACCAAAAAGAACACAGACUGGCUGCUUCACUGGUUCUGGUCUUGGUUCUGUUUGUUGUCUGUUGGCUCCCUCUGUUCCUCAUGGUUACUGUACGAUCAUAUGGUCAUAACAUUGAGGUGCCCUCUGUCGCCAUUGAAUUAGGUGUCCUCCUCACUCAUGCUCAUUCAGCAGUUAACCCCAUAGUUUAUGCGUUUAAGAUCCCCAAGAUAAAAGAGGCGUGUAUGAAGCUGUGGAGAAGAUGUUCUCAUAACAGUGAACAGCAGCAGAUUGAACAGAACAAUAGACAGAAUAAUACAAACACAAAACCUGCCAGGUAGAAAACACCAGAACAAAAGCAGCAGUACAGAAAACCGAAACACUACACAGGAGUCAGAUUUGUAAAAACCCUACAGCAAAUGACAUAUGAGAUGCACAAAGUCUGUAAUUGACCCUUUGCAGCCACCACAGUUGUCUCUAAAUGUUCCUUCUUCCAUAAUAAUUUUAAUGCCAUUCCUAGAAAAUUUGGGCCAAUUUAUAAAAUGCAAUCAAAACUUUUUGCAAUUUAAACUUUCAUUUAACUGACAAAAGUACAUAGAUAUUAUUAUGUUUUUAUUUCGGCUGGACAACUUGAUUUUUGAAUAUCAUAUCAUGAAGAGGAGAAUCAGACGAUGCCCAUAGACUCCGGAGCAGCUGAGUCUUGUAUCUUCAUCUUUAAAGAAUGGGCAAAAAUGUAACGUUCGUAGUUCCAGUGAAAACUGUAAUGAAAAGAAAAAGGUGAUAUUACACGGUGGUAAACAUGCCUCUGUCCCAACUUUUUUGA